AUGGCCCGGCUACUUCCUGCCAGCGUGCCGUUGGUUUUGAGACAUGGCUCCCAACCACUUCAGGACGAGGCAACCCAAAGCCAGCCCCGGAUUCGCAAGCCGCCGUCGCGAGCCACCCGUACUUGGGCGGCUUUCGGUAUGGCAGGUUGCUGCCCAUGCCUCACAUUGCGCCUCUGCGGUUUAGAGCCACGCCGGCGCUGGCGGAGGUGGCAUCUGAAAGGAGGACGAGCCUGGCCGCCUGUGCAGGUACGAGCUGCAGCACACGACGGCUUGUCUGCAGAGAUCAUUGCCCUCGCGAAGGCGCACAAGUCUUCGCAGAGCUUAUCGCUGCUUCGGUCAUCGCGAGACAGGUUGCCCCCGAAUGUGGUGAACGCCGUUCUGGGAGCCGUUGCCAAGCGAGGAGGUCGCGUAGAGGAUCUGCUUGCUGAACUUGAGGAGGAGGGUUUGCAGCUCGACACUGUCAGCUACAACAUCGCCAUGAACACGCAGGCUCGGCAAGGGGAGGUGGCAGGAGCCACACAGCUGUUCGAUCGGUUGAGGCACGCUGCUCUUCAACCGGAUGUUGUCAGCUACAACUGCGUUCUCAAUGCCUGCGCUAAAGCCUCAGACGCUGAGCAUGCCGAAUUCUGGAUGCAAAGCUUGCAGGACAGCCCUAUCAGCGCCACGGACGUAAGCUAUGGAAGCCUGUUGGAUGCCUGGGCACGUCAGGGCAAUCUCGCCGCUGCGGAGUGCGUCCUCGAGGCGAUGAUGCAGCAGAGGUUGUCACCCGGCCAGCGGUGCUUCACGAGCCUCAUCAACGCAGCCGCCGAGGCCGGCGACCUUCGCGCAGCGGAAGCGAGCAUGGAGCGGCUCGAAGCAGAUGGCCGCAUCGCAGACGACCACAGCUAUGGUGCCGUGCUGAAGGCUGCUGCAGCCGCAGGAUCGCCGAGAGAUGCGGAGAUGUGGUUCACAAGGAUGCACGCUUCUGGAGUUCGAGUGAACCUUGUGGCAUUUGGCAGCCUCCUAAAUGCCUUUGCGGAAGCUGGCGACCCCGAGGGGGCGGAAAUCUGGUUCGCCAGAGCUCUGGAGUUCAAGAUUCAACCGGAUGCUGCCUGCUAUGGUGCGGUCAUGAAGGCAUGGGCAAAGGAGGCAGAUCCGGCUGGGGCAGAGCGCUGGAUGAACAGAGCGAUUGAGGUUGGGCUGCACCUCAGCGUUCAGAUGUUCAACACGGUGCUGCAGUCGUGUGCCCUCGCUGGGGAGGCGGAUAAAGCCGAUGUGUGGUUCCGGAAGAUGAAGCAACGAGGGCUCGCGCCCGACAUCGUGACGCUGGGCAAUCUGGCGAAUGCCAAUGCCAAGCAGGGCCGAUUCAUUCGUGCCGAAGAGUGCCUACGGGAGCUGAAAACUCUGCAGCUGUCGCCGAACAUCGUUGUUGUGAACAGUGUGAUAAAUGCAUGCUCCCAAGCUGGCGAGCUGAAGAGAGCGGAAGAGUGGCUGGAGAGGGCGAGGACGGACAUGAACCUGCGGCCGGAUUUGAUGAGCUUCAACGGAGUCAUCAACGCUUGUGCGCGAUGUGGGUGUGCCUCACGAGCGAUGUUCUGGUUGGAGGUCAUGAGCCAGCGCGAGGUUCAGGCAGACGAAGUCACCUUCAACAGUGUCAUUAAUGCCUGUGCAGAAGACGGGAAAGCUGAGCAGGCCUGGCACUUUCUUCAAGAGAUGCGCCUCCGGAGUUUGGAGCCAACGGCCGCGUCGACCAGCAGCGUGCUGAAGGCCUUUGCGAGAACCGAAGAGCCUGAGUUGGCAGAGCAGCGGCUGCUGGAACUCUUCCAGGAUGGCUUGCCGAUCCCGAAGGAGCUGCUUCCCCGAGUUGAUGCAGCAGAUUCACCAUCAAGGACCGGCAGCCCACUGAGAAGAGCCCUCUACCGUUUCCGUGGCCGUGGGGAUGCGAAAUUGGUCGAGCUGAUGCAGCAGGCGCUCGAGGCACAGUGGAUCUACGGCUAUCCGAGGGCGGCCCCGGGCUUCCCUCAGCUCACGCACGGGACCUACCAGUAUAUCUCGGGCAUGCAGCCCAUGACAGUGCGCCUUAUGUUGGACGCCGUUCCGGGGGCCCAGACGAUCUUAGAUCCCUUUUGCGGCUCAGGCGCCUUGUGCAGACUUGUCCCUACACAGUGCACACCGCAAUCCGUACAUGCUGCAAGUGAUAGGUUCCUCAUGAUUAAUAUUAUUAGUAUCAUUGUGAUUAGUAUUUGUCUUGCUCAUUGUUUCAUUAUCGAAGUAAUGUAA